AUGCAUGCAAAGAAUUAUGAAAAAUUUAGGCGCAUAUAUUCGAAAAAAUCUAGAGUUUUGAUGGGAGAAAAAAUAUCCAAAAAAAGAGGGAAAACAAGAGAAAAACAGGAACAUUUUGAAGUAAAAAAAACGGAUACUAUUGAGUCUAAAAGAGAAAAAAGAGGAAACGUUUUUCCGGAGGAAAAUAUAGAGAUUUAUGAAGAUAUAAAGAAGAAUGAGUUGAAAUCAAUCACAGAUUCAGAUUAUACGCCGAAAAUUCUUAUUAUAACUAGCAAAAAAUCGUCAAAAAAUACAUAUUUUUUUGCAAAAGAAUUAGUUGGACUUUUUCCAUAUUCAACAUUGAUUAGAAGGGAUAUACAGUUUGAAAUAAAGAAAAUUACGGAAUAUAGUAUCAAAAGAAAGUAUACGAGUUUAAUUUUUAUUAAUGAAAACCGAAAAAAACCGGAUAGCCUUAUUAUCAUUAAUUUGCCAUCAGGACCAUCCUUUUAUUUUACAUUAUCAUCAAUUAUGCCUACUUCAUGUAUUUAUCGUCAUGGACGCGCAACUUCACAUGUACCAGAACUUAUUAUCAACAAUUUUAGUACACAUCUUGGUUUAAUAGUAGAAAAUUUAUUUCGUUCAUUGUUUCCUGUUCAAGCAGAUUUUGAAGGACGCCAAGUAGUAACUAUUCAUAAUCAACGGGACUUUAUAUUUAUAAGAAGACAUCGAUAUAUUUUUAAAAAUGAUAUCAAAGUUAGUCUUCAGGAACUAGGUCCUCGAUUCACACUUAAAUUGCGAAGAGUUCAACGUGGCAUUCAUGAUAGAGAAGCCGGUAAUGUUGUAUAUGAGUAUAAGCCUGGGGAAGAAAGCAAUAGAAGUCGUUUUUGGUUAUCUUAA